CGUAAGUGAGAGAGGAAGGGUGCAGGACGCGCUCCAUCAACACAGCUUCAGGCUCGCCACACCGGACUGUCAUCCGUGGAGCGCACCGUCCGCAUCCAGAGGCUCCCUGGCGCUUUUUCACCUCUCCUCCCAUCGGGUUUCCAGUCGGGCUGCUCUGGCAUGGGUCCGAUCUGUUAAAAAAACAAGGAAAAAGAGAAAACGGCUUGAGGUGUAACCGGACCGUUAGCAGUUUGAUUUCCAGGUAGACCUGAAACAAACGCGCUCCGGACGAAGACAGAAUAAUGAUGGAGUACUGGAGGCAGUGCGCGCUGUGGCUGAUCGAAUGCAAGGUGCUCCCGGCUAGCCACAGGGUGACAUGGGAGUCAGCGCAGGUAUUUGACUUGGCUCAGACCCUCCGGGAUGGAGUCCUCCUGUGCCAUCUGCUCAACAACCUGAAGCCCCAGUGCAUCAACCUGAAGGAGAUCAACCUCCGACCACAAAUGUCACAGUUCCUGUGCCUGAAGAACAUCCGGACCUUCCUGGGAGCGUGCUGCGACUCAUUCGGAAUGAAAAAGAGCGAACUGUUCGACGCGUUCGACCUUUUUGAUGUCAGGAACUUUGGCAAGGUGAUGGUCACACUGUCCAAACUUUCCCACACAAGCAUCGCACAACAAACUGGAAUCAGACCUUUUCCUACAGAGGAGAGAGAGGAAGAAGAUGAGGACAUCUACAACCACCUAGAGGACCUAAUCGAUGAGAACGGCGUGGAGGACGAGGAGGAUCUGUACGCCUGCGUGUACGAUGACGAGGAAGGAGGGGAGAUCUACGAGGACCUGAUGAAGACAGAACCUGUUCCUGCUCCGACGUUCCAGAGGCAGGCAGAGAUCGACAUCAGGAGCUGCUGUUUAACAGAGAUCAAGCAGACAGAGGAGAAAUACACUGAGACCUUGGAGUCUAUACACAAGCACUUUAUGUUGCCCCUCACUACAUUUUUCUCUACGGCUGAGAUGGAGAAGGUGUUUGUAAAUAUUAAGGACCUGGUUGAGGUUCACAAGAGUUUACUGGUGGAUAUCCAAGAAUCAGUCCAAAACAGAAGUUCCCAGAACCUUUACAAAAUAUUCAUCAAUUUCAAAGAGAGGUUGUUGAUCUAUGGGAAAUAUUGCAGCCAUGUGGAAACAGCCAUCGCCACCCUGGAUGACAUCUGCAAAAACAGAGAGGAUGUACGCAUGAAGUUAGAGGAAUGUUCAAAGAGAGCCAAUUAUGGCAAGUUCAGCCUGAGAGACCUGCUGGUGGUUCCCAUGCAGCGGGUGUUGAAGUAUCAUCUCCUUUUGCAGGAGCUGGUGAAACACACCCAUGAUGCCUCAGAAAAAACAAAUCUACGGACUGCAUUAGAUGCGAUGAAGGACUUGGCGCAGUACGUCAAUGAAGUCAAAAGGGACAACGAGACUUUGCGAGAAAUAGAUCAGUAUCAGAGAUCCAUUGAAAACCUGAACCAACCUUUGAGCAACUAUGGAAGACCCAAAGGCGAUGGGGAGGUACGGGUGGCCUCGGUAGACAGACGGGCUAAACAGGACAGGCAUAUCUUCCUGUUCGAUGCUGCUGUGAUUGUUUGCAAGCGUCGAGGAGACAACUAUGAAAUGAAGGAAGUGAUCGACCUGCACCUCUUCAAGAUUACCAACAACCCAACAUCGGACAAGGAGAACAGAAAGUGGUCCCAUGGAUUCUACCUCACUCACAACCAGGGCCAGAAUGGCUUUGAGUUUUUCUUCAAGACCAAAGAGCUGAAAAAGAAGUGGCUGGAGCAGUUCGGCAUGGCCAUAUCAAACAUUCGUCCUGAGAAUGCAACCAACAAUUUCCACGAGUUCCGGAUGCACACCUUUGAAAAAAUCACCUCUUGCAACUCUUGCCACAUGCUGCUCAGGGGGAUCUUUUACCAGGGCUACCUUUGCUCCAAGUGUGGGCUAGGCGCCCAUAAAGAAUGCCUCGGACGCUUUGGCACCUGUGGAAAAACAGAUCCCGGCUCCGUCAGAACUCAGCCGUUCACAUUGCAGAAUUGCUACAUUGGCCUCUGGGGCAGACAUCGAGAUCCAGGACUGCCCAAGAUGAUGGUGAUCAGGAACUACUUUGGCGUGCCGAGUCCUGCUUCUGGCCUGGCACUCACCAUCAAGCACGGAGACACCAUCGAAUUAUUAUGCGCCGAUCCACACAGCCCCUGGUGGCAGGGCCGGAACCUGUCGACGAAAGAGACUGGCUUCUUUCCAAGUGAUGCCGUGCGGCCGUGUCCGUGUGUGCCAAAGCCCGUUGAUUACUCCUCACAGCUGUGGUUUGCUGGUCCAAUGGAGAGAUUUCAGGCUGAAGCAGAACUCAUCAACAGGGUCAACAGCACCUAUUUGGUCCGCCAUCGCAGCAAGGAGUUCACAGAGUACGCCAUCAGCAUAAAGUACAACAACGACGUGAAGCACAUAAAGAUCCUGACCAAGGAGGGCUGCUACUACAUUGCAGAGAACAAGAAAUUUAGGAGCAUAUUAGAGCUGAUUGAGUACUACAAACACCACUCUUUGAGGGAAGGCUUUAAGAGCCUGGAUACCACCCUGCAGUUCCCCUACCGGGAACCGGAGAACGCCGCUGUGCACCGCUUCAGCCGGCCAGGCAGCAACACUCCAUUGCUCUGCGGCCUCUCUCUCGUAACUCCUGCCGGCUACAGCUUUAUGCCUCCUUCCUCUGCUCCCUUCUGGUCAGGUACAGUGCUGACACCUAAAGUUAUUGGUUUGGCCAUAGCGCGCUACGACUUCAGCUCUCGAGACACCCGGGAGCUGUCGCUGCAGGAGGGAGACGUGGUGAAGAUCUACACAAAGUCUGGAGCCAACGGCUGGUGGCGAGGCGAGGUCAACGGCCGGGUCGGCUGGUUUCCUUCGACAUACGUGGAGGAGGUUGAGGAAUGAGCGGCUAUGUGAAGACGAGUAAGAUUAAAGCAGAGGCAGCGUACUGAGCGGCUCAGUCGCUCGACUCUCCUCCAUGAAGCCCUGUUGCCUAAAACCACCCCAGCGGCCUUCCGCUGAGGAAAAAAGGGGCUGCUGCUGCAGGCUGCUAACAAGCCGCGUCAUUUCUGCUGGACUCGGUGUGGCUAAGCAGCUACAACGACAAGCAGCCUGACUGUCAGCAGGAAACCAGCUCGGCAGACACUCCAUCUCCUCCUCUCUUCACCCAUCCAUAAUUCAUCUCUCACUUCCUCUCCUCCCCCAGUCUGCCACUGCUCACCCCCUCACGCCUUCUCCCAAACCUGCCAAGUCAGGCGACAACGGAACUGUCACAAGUCAAGACUCGGAUGCCACUGCUUCACUCAUGCGCUCAUCUAUCCAUCCUUUCAUCCAUCAGCUGCUUCCUCUGUGAAGUUUUUCCUUUUUUUGUCACUUUGAAGGGAUUGCAGCUGAUUAUGACCUUGCCUGUGUGCACGCUCCACAAAACGCAGGUUGUUAUCGAUGGCCCAGGUUCAUUCACACAACUCCCUCCUACUGAUUGUGAUCGCAGCGUGUUCUCGCUCUUCCUGGAGACGAGCAGAAAGGCGACGGUGUCGGAUAGCGUCGCCACACAGCUGCCAGCGGUUGAUCGUUAUUCUUCCCAUUUUCCUCCUGCUUCUUCUUGUGCUUUAUCCCUCCACCCAGCGGCCUCUCGUGUUUUCAGUCGCCCCGAUCGUAAUGGAUCCUCUGCUCUUAUCGGUGGCUGCUCUGUUAACAUGAGCUCUUCCGCCUAGGGUAUUUUUUAUUGCAGGCAUUAGCGGCCUAUUGGUGGAGACAGCCAAGCCACCUGGAAGGUCCUCAGUUAGGAAACAUUAAGUCUCAAAGCUUGGAAUGAUGGCAGAAUGCGGUGGUUACUGUAUCUUUAAAACUUCACCUUUAAUUUGAAUUAAUUUAUCCCCCUCAAUCAUUUAUCCUUUAAAGCAAUUAUUAAAAUAGCCUCAUAGCUCUCCAUGGAUAAGGAAAUGCAUUUCCACAGCAUGAUACUCCCACCACCAUGCUUUAACAUGAGUAUAGUGUGUUUGGGUGGUUAUUGGGGGUUUGCUUCACUCGUAGCUUUUGGCAUUUAGGUCAAAAAGUUCAAUGAAGGUUUUUUUCAUCAGAAAAUGUUCAUCCUCGUAUUUGCUGAAGACUAUUCUGAACUGAUUUUAUUAUUGCUGCCAUUUCAUUCUUUUUAUUCCACUAUCGUUUAUGUGACACAUUUGGAUCUUCUCUUACCAGCAUGCCACCCUAGAGGCUGUACGUGAAGAUGUAUGAAAGCUUGUUUGAAGAUGACGCUAAGUUUCAGAGCUCAGAUUGAAAUUUUACCGUGAUCAAGGCAGCUGUCAUGUUUGAAAAUCAGCCCCAAGGCAAUCCUUUUUUUUCAAAGUUCCCCCCACCCUAUCCCCUGUCACGUCUUCAUUGUGUCGAUGCCAACUUUUAUUGUGCCACAGUUUCAGUUAAUGGUUUCCUGUACUGAUGUUUGAUGGACUUAAUGGCUCCAUUAUGUGAGAAAGUCAUGAAUAACACCCUGCCAUAGCUGACACUCGUUGCUUUUAUCUUUAUUUUGUUCUCUUUAAGAAUGCUUUACAUUAAUUAAUUUAUUUCAUUUUUACUUGAUGCAAGACACCAACAGUGUCACUAACUGACCACUAGGUGGAAGCAUCCUAAAUGCAACUUUUCACCUUCAACCUGCUCAAGUCUGGAGAUGACAUCAUAUGAUUGGGAGGCGAAGCUAUCAGGCAGAGAGACAGACACUUCCGAGACUAAAAGGAAGGGUUUCAUUGCUCACUUUCAAAAUCUUUCAGUAAAUUGCAGCAAACGUUUGGCUCCAAAUUUUAUUUUGAAAUAUCUGCUGUUCAGGACGUUUUAUGCAGAUUAUAAAUCCUGGAAAAACCUUUAUAGCUUUUGGAGACCUUCAUUGGCACAAAUGUGAUAGAUCAUUCCUCUGUCUCUGCUUCUCCCUUCCUUGGGAUAAAAAGAAAUAAAAGUGAACUCCUCUAACUCCAGUAAUCCACUCCAGCUCCUCCUCCUCGUCCUCCGUCUAGUUGAACUCUGACAGCAGGGCCAUUUGGAGCUGCGGGCCUUUCUCUGCUUCCCAGAGCUCUUCCAGACCUUUGCUUUUCUGUUUUUUUUUUUUUUUUUUGGAGCACAGGAGGGAUUGGUGGAAGGCUCAAGGGUAUCUGUGAUCUAAUCAUUACACCAUCUCCUCACCUCAGCGACCCCACUGCAUUUAUCUCUCCGUCUGCCGCUGCUUCGGUCUCACUGUCACCUCUCUAUCUCUGCUUUACCCUCCCUUCUUUUCCUUUUUACCUCUUGUCCAGUCUUUGUCUUCUCAGCUGUUUGGCAGCUGUAUGUUGGUGAAAGGAUGGGAAAAAAGGCAAAUCUCUAAACAAAACCUGUUUAAUUUCACCUCAUUUUCAUUUUAUCCCAUUUUUCUAACCGUGCAGGGAUGGCUUCUGCAUUUAGAAGUGCAGGGCCAACUUCAGAGUAAUAUAUACACUUCUGCAAUUUCUUUUGCCAUUAGGCCUUGAUGGAAGAUUACAUUCAAAUAUCUGUGUUGUGUUUUGUUAUGCCAGUGAAGCCAAAGAUGUACGCUGUUUGUACUGUCUCAUAACCAUGGUACCCAACCACUGAGGCCUGACUAAUAUGGUGCAAUCGUAACUGUGUAGCGAAACCCUGUAAUGAUGCUGUAUCAUAGUGUAAAUGUUGUACAUAGAGCUGAAUAAAGAUAUACACUGCUUCUUUUAA